CCUAAGCUUCCAAGAUUGUCCCUCUUCAUCCCACUAUUACGGCCAGUCUUUAGACGAAUAACGAGUUCAACCAUAACACGGUUCACGGUCGACUACGCAUUAUAAACGGCGACAUACUUUAUACCUUGAAUUACCUGAAAAGUUUUUCUAAAUUAAGACAAGAUGGCGGACGAAGAGAGGCGUGCCGCUCUUAAGAAAAAGGUUGAACAAAGGAAGAAGAAACUAGCCAACAAAGGGACCACUGCGAAGCAACAGGAUAAGGAAAAGGAAGAAGCUGGUGCUUCUGAAUCUAAGCCCGAUACCCCCACUGCCGACGAGCCAGCUGUCGAAGAUGCGCCCGCAGAACCACCCAUCUCCCCCACGACUCCCGGCACAUCUUCGCUCCCGCUCCAGUCAAAAUUGCGCUCCUCAUCUUUCCGCCAAGGGACAGUGUCACCUACGGGGUUCCCACUGAGUCCUGAAGGCGAGACAGCACCUGAUAUCUACAGAAAACAAGUAGCGCGCAUAGAAGACCUCGAAAAAGAGAACAAGAGACUCGCUAAAGAAGCCGGUGACUCAGAGAAGCGAUGGCAAAAGGCCGAGGAAGAACUAGCCGAUCUACGGGAAGCCGACAGAGAUGGCUCAGACAGCCAAGUUGAGAAGCUGAAAUCCGAAAUCGCAGCCCUCCAGCGACAAAACUCACAACUCCAAACCGCCGCCGCCUCCAAGCGCCACGGAUCAUCGCCUUCAAUCUCCCUAUCCGCACCCCCAGGAGAACUCCAAGCCCAACUCGCCUCCAAAUCUGCUACUAUUGAGACCAUGGAACUCGAGAUCUCCCGCCUCCGCGCACAAGCCGAGCGUCAAGCAACCGCCGGCGGCACCGACCGCGAACAAAUCACAGCUCUCGAAGAAAAACUCGCGCGUUCCGAACAAGCGGCCAUGAAAGCGCAACGUGAACUCGCCGACUUAAAACGUAAUCUUGAGCGCACUACCGAGCGUGUGGUUAAAGAAGGAAGUGAACGUACUAGUGCCGAAACUAAGCUACGCAAUCUCGAACGCGAGGUUGAGAAGCUACGCGAGGAGAAGGCGGAGCUGGAGAAGAAAACUGAGGGACUGGAGAAGAAGGUUGCGGCGCUUGGGACCCUGCAUAAGGAGAAUGACAGUCGAUCGCAGGGCUUGAGGAAGGAUAAGGAACGGGCGGAGAAGGAGGCGGCAGAUGCUAAGGCUAAGAUUGAGAAGUUGGAGGCGGAGAAUGCGAAGUUGCGCAAGAAAGAUGCUGCGGAAGGGGGUGGUGAUGAUGAUGGUGUUGAUGAAUUGGAGGAUGAGGAGCGCAAGCGUAUGGAGAAGAAAAUUCGUGACCUUGAAAGCGAGGUUUAUGACUUGCGCCGCGGGAUCUGGCAUCAGCGUCGUCGGGACAUGGAACCUGGUGCUGAGGACCUCGAUAAUGGUGGUCUGACGAGUCCCAGCGGAUUUACGAAUAUUGAUCUGGGUGGCCCGAACUCAGCGAGGAAGGCUAGUCAACGCGGAUUUGGCGAUUUCUUCACGAAUGGGAUUAAUGCGCUUACGGGCGGGACUCCGAUUGAGGAGAAAGGAGGCGAUGAUGGGUUUUUGGACGAUGAUGAUAUGGAGUUUGAUGAAGAUGCGUUUAAACGCGCGCAGGAGGAAGAUGCGAAGAGACGACUUGAGAGGAUUAAGGAUAUUAAGAGGAGUUUGAAGAAUUGGGAGGGUUGGAGGCUGGAUCUUGUGGAUGCGAGGAGAGGCGGUGGGGGGCAUGGUGCUGGUGAGGUUUUUGAGAUUUGAACGGAUGUGGGGGAAGCAUGAAGAUAUGAGAGGACGAAGGCAUGGGGAUAGGGGAUCAGGGGUGUACGAAUAAAAGGGCGUGACACUUGCUGGCUUAGAGGUCAAUAGAAAUAUAUACGAUCUCGCUGACUAGAGAUAUGUUCCACAUGAUGUCCUUGGAAGAAAUCCGUGAGAAAUCUACUUAUAUGAACAGUUCUCAUCCCAGAUAUCUAUCCUUGUGAAUCAAAGUACUUG